AUGAUUCGCGCUUUGAGCGGCCUUCUCUGGCUGGAUGCCGCAUCUCAGACGGCGGCCUGCACUGUGUUUGCAGUGGGCAAGAUGGCCACAAAGGAUGGAUCUGUAUUGAUCUCGCAUUCAGAUGAUGGCAGUCCAACAAAUGAUGCGCGCCUCCUCUAUGUGCCGGCUGCAGACCACUCCCCAGAUGAGAAGCGGCCAAUCUACUACACCCCGGAGCUUUUCCCGCGGUACUUGGGGUACCAUAUGGGUCCGGACUACCGUCCAGACGCCGACACCAAAGCCUACAACCUCUCAGAUCCCAUUGGUUACAUUGAGCAGGUGCCGCACACCUUCGGUUACCAGAGUGGCACCUAUGGAGUGUUGAAUGAGCAUGGCGUUUCGGUGGCCGAAUCCACCUGCAGUGCUGUCUUUGGCACCUGCGGAAAGGGCUCCACAGUGGGUUGCGAGCCUGGCCGGAAAGUUGGUUCUGCGCUGAUGAGCAUUGACACUCUCUCCUACCUGGCCAUGGAGCGCACUAGAACCUCCCGGGAAGCAGUUGAGCUCAUGGGCUCGCUAGCUUCAAAAUAUGGAUUUUACGGGCCGCCGGACUCCUUCGAAGGUUCGGGAGAGUCUCUUGUCGUUGGAGACCCGGACGAGGCCUGGGCAUUCCAGAUCCUGUCGGAUCCCACCGGCACAAGCGCCAUUUGGGCUGCCAAGCGCUUGCCGGAUGAUCAGAUGACGGUGGUGGCCAACAUGUACACCAUCCGCGAGGUAAAAGCCAAUGACAAGGAGAACUACAUUCUCUCUCCCAAUAUCUUUGAAGUGGCGAAAAGCAAGGGCUGGUGGAAGGAAGGUACUGCCUUUGACUUCACCCUGAUGUACUCUGGUGGCGAGUAUGCACACAAGUACUACUCUGGCCGGCGGAUGUGGCGGGGAUUGCAGAUGGCAAAGCCAUCGCUGGCACUUCCCACCACGUACGAGGACAUUCGAUACAAGCCAGUCUAUCCAUGGUCGGUUGUACCUGAUGCAAAAGUUUCCCACCACGAUCUAAUGGCUUGGCACAGAGACUGGUAUGCAGGGACAGAGUUUGACAUGACCAAAGGUAUACAAGCCGGACCGUUCGGAACCCCAGACAGGUACCAGACGGUUUCGUCAAAGGUCAAGGGUCACUGGGAGAGAUCCAUUGCCCUGUACCGCACCAACGCUGUUUAUGUUCAGCAGCUGCAUCAUCCCGGUGAGGGCCGCCCACAAGGAAUGGCCAGCGUUGCCUGGUAUGCUGCAGGGCCACCUCACUACGCAGCAUUUGUGCCCAUUCCGUCUGGAGUGAAUGAGACGAUCCAUGCCCUGCAGUUUGCAAACCCCAAGAAGUUCGAGAACUACUCGAUGAAUUGGUUGGUUCGCCGAGUCAUGGAUGUUUGCCAGAUUCGGUUCGAUGUAAUGCACAAUUACGUGUACAGUGCGCAGCAGGCAGUAGAAAUGCAGGCGGAUGCCCUCAUUGAAAAAGUCCGCCAGGCAGGUACCACCAGCCCAGCUGAGCUCAACAAGAUUUUCCAGGAGCACGCCAGCCAGGUGCUGCAGAAGUGGAAAGAGCUGAUGCCCUUCCUGCUCUUCCGUUUCAGUGGCAACACAGACAUAGAAACAAUGCAGAGCCUAAGCUAUCCAGAUGCUUGGCUGGAUGCAUCGGGCUACAAGGAUGGACCUCCAGAUGCCCCCAAGGAGGACAGGUGCCCGCCGAACUGCGACCCGCCGGCCAGCGCGGCCGAAGUCGUGGUCUGA